CACUCCCAAACACAUCACAAACGCAACAAACUCCAACGGCCACUUCUCUUUCUAUCACAACAACACAAACCCUUUCUUCUUCUUUCCUCUGUCACUCAAUUUCAACUUCAACUUUCUACAAUGCCAGAAAUCACCACCGUCAAUGUCUCCGACAGCCCUACUCCUCCUCCACCACCGCCACCACCACCAACACAGAACCGUCGACCAAGAACCCGUGAAGUCAGCUCCAGAUUCAUGACACCAUCUGCUUCCACCGCUCAGAGACGUCAACAACGAGACGAUUCCGACGACGAGAAUUCCGAAUCAUCGUUCCCAAUUGGUUAUUCUUUUCAGAAAAAACAACAACAACAAAGAGUUGUUAAGCUUUUCAAAGAAUCAACUAAUAGGGUUUUUGAAAAUCCACCAAACCCUAAUCCCAAUCCCAAUUCCAACCCUAAUUCAAAUUCUAAUUAUAAUUCUCAUCAUCCUCCAAAAUCUUCAUCUUUUUCAAGAAGUGGAAUCAAUUCUACACCUUGUGCUUCUAGACCUGAUACUCCAACUCCUACAAUUUCUGUUUCUUCAAGAUAUAGACACACUCCACAACAUAGGUCAAUCAAUUCACGUUCUUCAGCUGCUACGAAAUCGAUUCAAUCUAGAGGAAAUUCGAUUUCUUUGCAUUCACAUGAUGAUAUUGGGAUUAAUUGUAGUACACAGUCACUUCCUGAACUGUGUUCUGAGAAUGAUAAAAAUGUGUUGAUGAAAGAAUCUAAUGUGUUAACUGGAUCUGUGGCUGAGAAAACUGGUAACACUUUGUCGCGUUCGGUUAGUUUGAGUUCUUCUGGGAUUGAUCAUUUAAGAGGGUCUGAAAAGCAACAUGGUUCUGUUAUAAAGCAGAGUGGAUUUGGGAAUCAGUCGUUGGAUCGUGGUAAGAUUGGAGGACUUCAUUUGCCGCCGGUGGUUCCUCAGUUUGCGAAACCUGUGGUUGAUACAAGGAAAGGGAAGAAAGGGUCUAGUCAUCAGGAAGAUGUGCAUUCGUUAAGAUUGUUUUAUAAUCGGUAUCUGCAAUGGAGAUUUGCCAAUGCAAGAGCUGCGUGUGCGAUGAAAGCUCAGCAAAAAGAAUGCGAGAAAGCACUAUUUUCCCGUGCAAUGAAAAUAUCAGAAAUGCGUAAUUCUGUGAACAGGAAACGCAUAGAACUCGAGCUUUUGCGGAGAUCGAAGACCCUAUCAAUAGUUCUUGAAGCUCAAAUUCCAUAUCUUGAUGAGUGGUCUGCUAUGGAAGAAGAUUAUUCUGUUUCCAUCACUGAAGCAAUUCAAGCUUUGUUGAAUGCCUCAAUGCAACUUCCAACUGGUGGCAAUGUUAGGGUUGAUGUAAGAGAGGUGGGGGAGUCGCUGAAUUCAGCACUAAAGGUGAUGGAAACAAUUGUCUCCAAUACCCAAAGAUUAAUGCCAAAGGCAGAAGAAACAGAUACCUCUAUUUCAGAAUUAGCCAGAGUUGUUGGAGGAGAAAGAGCACUUAUUGAAGAGUGUGGAGGUUUAUUGUCAAAGACACAUAAAUCACAGGUGGAGGAGUGUAGCUUAAGAGCUCAGCUAAUCCAACUAAAUUCAAUUUCCCAUAAGAACAAAGAAUAACAAGCAACUCAUAAUUCAAUUUCAAGUCAACUGUGGAAAUACCACACACAUUUGAUGUUGUUGAUAGAUUGUUGAGCAUCGACAGUACAAGACCUGCAGAUUCAGUUCUCUUUCACAUUCUUUGUCCAUUUGUUGAGAAAGGAGGGGGGAGAGUUCACAUUCUUUAUUCAUUAGUUGAGAAAGGAGGGGAAUGAGAAUGACCAUGAUCAACCAUGCAAAUGAGUGUAGCUUAAGAGCUCAGCUAAUCCAACUAAAUUCAAUUUCCAGUGUAAUCUUAUCGGUGUAGGGCUGAGCCAAUUCAGCAUGCUCUCUCUCUCUCUCUCUCUCUCUCUCCCCCUCUCCCUGUUUCACUUGCUGGAUGUCAAUAAAAAAAAAAGUAAUAGGACACUGUUCAUGCAUGAAUAGAAUGUUUGCAAAUAGACAAAUGGGGAGUUUUUUUUUUUGGUUACGGACAAAUGGGGAGUGACCUUCUGUUCUUGUGAUUAUUUUCACAUGUAUGUAAAAAUAUAUUCAUACAAUAAAAUGAAAGUUGAAAAUUUUAAUUAA